UCAAUAACAAAGACUGCUCAUUGGAUUUAUAUAUGUCCAAACCCUCUCUGUCUCUCUCUCUCUCUUUGUUCUUUAUUUUUUUCUGGUUUUUACAGAAUUAAUCACUGGAUAUGAUGUAAAAUCUUCUUCUCUGCAAAUCAAAUCCAAUGGUUGGAUACCCACUUGUUCAUCCUCUUUUGUUGUUUUCUCUCUCUGAAUAGAUUCUCCCCAUUACACAUUCCAUAUAUUAUCGUCUCCUUUAUCUGUGUGGGUUUGUAUUUUCUUCUUCUUCUUCAUUUUCUGCCAUUGUUCAUGGCUACUACUACUAUUACAGCUCAAAUCUUUGAAAACAACCAUGAAAACAAUCAGAAUGACAACAAUCAGAAAAACCCAGAAGUUAACAGGCAAGAAAUUCAAGCCGCCAUUGCCAAAGCUGUAGAGCUCAGAGCUCUUCAUGCGGCUCUGAUGCAGGGUAACAGCCCUGCCCAUCUCAGAUUCCCCUCUGCCUCUCACUCCUCUACCCAGGAUUACCCUGUUUUCACUCCUAGUUAUGAAGAUGAACCAUUACCGGGGAUUCAACAAAUCCGGUUAGAGAGCCAAAAUUUAUCAGAAUGUUGGGAUGAUUAUGGACUAAGAGGAGGUAAUGGUGAUGAAAACAUCAUAUCGGAUUAUAUAAAGGCGAAUGCUUCUUCAAGAAAGGGACCGCCCUCUAUAAUGUCCAACUUAGAAGCCCAUACAUGUGGAGGUGAAGAUCAAAGUUCUUUAAGUGCUUCAUGUGAUGACAACAUUACAGUAACUAGAACACUACCCGGAUCGGAUUUCCAUAAAUUAAGAAGGAGAAACAGUUUGGGCAAUUUCAAUUCUGCCGCGUAUUGCAAUAAGAGCAAGUCAGCAAUCGUAAGUACUGAAACCGGUAGUUCCACCAAGAAUGGAAGGAAUUCAAAUAUUGUUGUGCCAUUAACAGAUUUACACUCUUCAGUUCAUUCACAACCAAAAAACCGCGGAUUGAAUCUUUCGUGGUUGUUUCCUCGGCUAAAGAAGAGGUACAAGAAUGAAAAAUCACCAAACCGAACUGAGUCAGAAGUCUCCCAAAGUUGUAAGGACUUGGGGAGAAUGUCCAUUGAGACGAUGAGGAGGGAACUUAUGGAAGCAAAUGAGAGUAGGGAUGCAGCCUUAAUGGAGGUCACGGAGAUGAAAUCUUCGUUUGGGGACUUAAAACAGAAGUUGGAGUACUUAGAGAGUUACUGUGAAGAACUGCAGAAGGCACUAAGACAAGCAGUGCAAACAAAGGAUUCCCAUGUUCCCGUAAAUCUCGGAAAUCUUCUUCCUAAGAAAGGGAAAUCCAUUGAUGGGAAUGGAGAGAAUUUGAUGCCGGUGAGCGAGGAAGUAAUGGUGGAGGGUUUCUUGCAAAUUGUAUCAGAAGCAAGGUUAUCAGUGAAGCAAUUCUGCAAGACACUUGUAAGCCAGAUUGAACAAACUGAUGAUACUCUAAGGGACAACCUGAAUUUGCUUCUUCAACCAUAUAAGUUGUCUCUAAAUUCCAAGUACUCAAAGGCAGUGUUGUACCAUUUAGAGGCCAUCAUAAACCAUUCUCUCUACCAAGACUUCGAGAACUGUGUGUUUCAAAAGGAUGGCUCACCAAAACACUUGAAUCCCCAACAAGAUCGCCACGCGCAGUUUUCAUCAUUUGUCGCGCUGAGAAACCUGAGCUGGAAUGAAGUGUUGAGAAAAGGGACCAGAUACUACAGUGAGGAAUUUAGCAAGUUCUGUGACCAGAAGAUGAGUUGUAUCAUUGCGACACUAACUUGGACAAAACCAUGGCCUGAACAACUCCUCCAGUCGUUUUUCGUUGCUGCCAAAUGCAUAUGGUUGCUCCAUUUGCUUGCGUUCUCAUUCCACCCACCAUUGGGGAUUUUAAGGGUCGAAGAGAACAGAAGCUUCGAUCCUCAUUACAUGGAGGAUAUGUUUGCAGAUAGGCAAAGAUCACACGGUCCUAGCCGGGUGAAGAUUAUGGUAUUGCCAGGAUUUUAUAUGCAGGACAGAGUACUUAGGUGUAAGGUUCUUUGCAGGUAUAAAUCAAUAGCCUAAGUAUAUAUCUUUUCUCCUUUCCUCAUCGAGAAUCUAACUUGUAUCCUACAAAAUUGUGUUGAUUUAUGCUUAAAUGUGUACUUUAACUGCUCAAUGAAAUUGGUUGGUACUUCUUUGAGGA